AUGACAUAUUGUACCCGAUGUUGGAAAAUUGGUCACCUGCGUGAACAAUGUAAAAAUAAUGUACAGCGUUGUCGAGUAUGUCUACAAGAAAUAAAACAGAAGGAAGAACAUGUAUGCAACCAUGUUCCAAAAUGUGCUCAAUGUGAUGGUGAACAUCAUUCACGGAAUGUCCAAUGUCACGUUAUUCAACAAUAUCGCGCUGAUCUAAAAGAAGAAGUUACUAAGGCCUUGGAAUCUGGAAAACUACAUCGAAAUGAUUAUACUAAUCCACGAUCAGAUUUCAAUAUGAAGAACGAAGAUUUUCCAUCUAUAGGCAAAUCUAAGAAACCACAACAGUCAGUGUGGAAUGGUGUACAAACAGAAACUGGUCACGGUAUAACACCUGAUUCAACAAAAGCACUUCUGCUUAUAAAUGAAAAUCUGGUUGAAAUGCGUGAAAGUAAUAGAAGAGUAGAAAAGAAACUUGAAAAAAUCAAUACACAAGUGAAUCAAACAGCAUUAGAUGCAGAAUUACACCAAAGCACAAUGAAUAAAUUGAUUGAAAAUGUUCAAUCACUCAUUCAAAAUGUACUUGGUCCAGUAAUGCAUCAAGUAAAGCCUGAAUUAUUGAAGUCCAAGAUUGGUUUACAAUCAAUCUACGAUAAUCUGCGUGAUCUAAAAACGGAUUUAAAAAAUGAUUAUGAAAUAAGACGUAAACGUCCAACAUCAUCACUUCAACCACCAACUCCAGAUAAACAGAUUGCAACAUCUGAAAACACGAUUCGUGACGAUUCAUUAACUAUGAAAUAA